AGGAAUCACGUGAGUUCAGGGAAAGAGAAACUGCAGUGUAGUUGAGCUGUUGUGUGUUUGUGUCUCUGUAUUCAUUCAGUAAAAUGGCUGAAGCCAGAGUUUCUCAGGAUGAGUUCUUGUGUCCAGUGUGUCUGGAUCUCCUGAAGGAUCCAGUGGCUAUUCCCUGUGGACACAGUUACUGUAAGAUCUGUAUUACAGACUGCUGGGAUCAGGAGGAUCAGAAGAGAGUCUACAGCUGUCCUCAGUGCAGACAGACCUUCAGUCCAAGACCUGCUUUAUCUAGAAACACCAUGCUGGCUGAAGUGGUGGAGAAACUGAGGAAGACCAGACUCUCUGAUGACUGUGAGCCUGGAGCUGGAGAUGUUCAGUGUGACGUCUGUACUGGAAGAAAAUACAGAGCCGUCAAGUCCUGUCUGAUGUGUCUGGACUCUUACUGUCAAACUCAUUUUGACCGUCAUGAGGAGUUUCAUUCACGUAAGCCACACAAAGUUAUUGAUGCCACUGGACGACUGCAGGAGAUGAUCUGCCAGAAACAUGAGAAGAUCCUCGAGGUUUUCUGUCGCACUGACCAGAAAUGUAUAUGUGUGCUGUGUACGAUGGAUGAACAUAAAAACCACGACACUGUAUCAACGACAGCACAGAGGACAGAGAAAAAGGAGCAGCUGAAGGAGACACAGAAGACGCUCCAGCAGAGAAUCCAGCAGAGAGAGAAAGAUCUCCAGCAGCUGAGAGAGACUGUGGAGUCUCAUAAGCGCUCUGCACAGACAGCAGUGGAGGACAGUGAGAGGAUCUUUACUGAGCUUAUCCGCUCCAUUGAGAGAAGCCGCUCUGAGCUGAUACGACUGAUCAGAGAUCAGGAAAAGACUGCAGUGAGUCGAGCUGAAGAACGACUGGAGCGACUGGAGCAGGAGAUCAAUGAUCUGAGGAGGAGAGACGCUGAGCUGGAGCAGCUUUCACACACACAGGAUCACAUCCAGUUCCUGCAGAGUUUCCAGUCUCUCUCAGCACCUCCUGAAUCUACAGAUGUAAAUGAAGAUCUCUUCAGUUCUCUUGUCUCUUUUGAUGAUCUGAGAGAAUCUGUUCAUCAGCUGAGAGACAAACUGGAGGAUUUCUGUAAAGAGCAGCUCAAGAAGAUCUCAGACAGAGUCACAUUCACCAACAUUGUUCCCAGAACUAGGAAGGACUUCCUACAAUAUUCCCAUCAGCUCACUCUGGAUCUGAACACAGUGAAUAAUUACCUCCAUCUGUCUGAGAACAACAGACUGAUUACUGCCACUGACUCACUUCAGCCGUAUCCUGAUCAUCCAGACAGAUUUGAUAAUGUGUGUCAGGUGUUGUGUAGAGAGAGUGUGUGUGGACGCUGUUACUGGGAGAUUGAGUGGAGUGGAGAUAAAGGUGUGUUUAUAUCAGUGUCAUAUAAGAGCAUCAGCAGGAAGGGAUGUAGUAAUGAGUGUUUCUUUGGAAAUAAUGAUCAGUCCUGGAGUUUGUUCUGCUCUCCCUCCAGUUACUCAUUCAGACACAAUAACAUAGAGACUUAUCUCCCUGUGAAGUCCAUCAGCAGUAGAAUAGGAGUGUUUGUGGAUCACAGAGCAGGAACUCUGUCCUUCUACAGCGUCUCUGACACAAUGAGCCUCAUCCACACAGUCCAGACCACAUUCACUCAGCCGCUCUAUCCUGGGUUUAGCUUUGGAUCUAGAUCUGAAUCUAGGUUUAUUUUUGGAUCUGGAACUGGAUUUGGCUCUGGAUCUGCAUCUGGGUUUAGUUUUGGAUCUGGAACUGGAUCUGGAUCUGAAUCUGGGUUUGGAUCUGGAAAUAAAUCUGGGUUAAGUUUUGAAUCUGGAACUGGGUUUGGAUCUAGAUCUGGAACUGGGUUUAGGUUUGGAUCUGGAACAGAAUCUGGGUUAAGUUUUGUAUUUGGAACUGGGUUUGGAUCUGGAACUCUCCUUGGAUCUGUAACUGAAUCUGGGUUAAGUUUUGGAUCUAGAACUGGAUCUGGAACUGGGUUUGGAUCUGGAUCUGAAUCUGGAUUAAGUUUUGGAUCUGGAACUGGUUCUGGAUCUGGGUUUGGAUCUGGAACUGAAUCUGGGUUAAGUUUUGGAUCUGGAACUGGUUUUGGAACUAUAUCUGGGUUUAGAUUUGGAUCUGAAUCUGGGUUUGGAUCUGGAUCUGAAUCUGGGUUAAGUUUUGGAUCUGGAACGGGGUUUGGAUCUGGAACUGAAUCUGGGUUAAGUUUUGGAUCUGGAACUGGGCUUACGUUUAGAUCUAGAUCCGGGUUUACUGUUUGUUCUGGAUCAUCAGUGAAACUGUGUUGGUAAUUGAGAAAAGACUGAUGAGUGAUUCUACGCAUAAUGCUUUAAGCAGCUUGAUGAAUCAGUAACAGUGAGAUGUUAUGGUCUCUUCUUUUCUCUUCAUGACAUUAAUACUGCAGCGGAACUUUUGUCACCGAAAUAACAUGAAUCAGAAUAAAUGUAAUAAAUCUUCAU